AUGCCCGACGGCUCUGAUUCUCCUCCAGCAUCAAGUACUCAACCCCUAAGCUCCCACGUAUCUCAAUCAAACGAGGCUCGCUUGACAUUAGCCACUCAAUUACGGCAUCUUCGAGAGCUUAUUUCGGAGCUUCAUGACGAUGAUGUGACGCUGAGAGAUCGCGCUUGGGACGCCAUCAAUCGUGAAAUAGACGAUAUUUACCCGAGCACGGCAGCAUCUAGAUUGCUGGAUUAUCGCCGUAGUCAGAGAUUCGUCGCGGGCCAAACCGAACGGCGGGAGCGUUUGCGACGCACCAUUCAACAAACCUCGGAUGUUGUUCAAGCUCACCUGUUGAACUCGGGAUCAAGGAGGAUAAGGAUGAAUCGAGAUGAGGACGUUUCGACGAUAACGGGUGCAAGGAGACCGACCGAUAAUACAUCUAACGCCCUGCGCUCAGCAGCAAUACGACAGGGAGCUGUGCAUUCAACGCCCUCAAAUUUACUUAAUGAUAAUAACGAGGUCCCGAGACUUAAUCCCCGAGAGCAUUCUCCAGACACACCAUCAAGCCGUCGACAAAAUAAACGGGUUAAACUUGAUUCUGAUGAUAACCGUGAAGGUCCCCGUGGCUUUAGUUAUGGGCAUUACGGCCAAGUUGUUCCUGGAGCACUAGAAAUGCAUAUCCACACCUGCGAUGGUGGCCCAUAUGGGAUGGACGGCCGAAGCUCGUGGCCAGAGAACAUUUUACUCAAUGACAAUUCUCUAUACCGCGCGAAGAGCACUAGAUGCAAUAUCGUUCUAAAACAUCAAGGUCAAACUCCGUUCUGCCUGAAGAAGCUGGUCAUAAAGGCCCCAAAAUCUGGAUUUGAUGGACCGGCAGGUAUUCGCGAAGGAAUGGUCUUCGUGAGCAUGGUCUCCGAUGAGGUAUUAAGCCGCACAGCUCGGUAUCAUAUGUUCUAUAGUUGUCGCCCUUUGCAGCCUCAACCUCUUCGGAAUUCUUGGCAGAGUCACUCGCAACGGUAUCUAACUGCUCUUCGAGCUUCACUUUCGUCGCCUCAACGCACGGUUCUCGUACACCCAGCACAAGUGUCCUCCUAUGAAAAUAGCUCCAUUAUUUCUACAGACCAUAACCGAGGUUCCAGACAAUCGUCGCCGGAUUUUCGCGUUACUUUGGAACAGGAUGAUAAAUCAGAUGAUGGAUCCACGGCCGAUCAGCAAUCUGAAAAUUCAGCGGUUAAUGCUGAAGGAGUGUACGAAAACUUUAUCGAAGCUCUUUAUCCGGCAGAUGAUGGCACUGAUACAAGUGAUGGGGAACUGAGCGAUAUGUCUGAUCAUCUACUUGGCGAAAUUCGGCGCGUAGUGCGACAUUCAAUGGGCGCCGAUCCCAAUGACAUGGGAAUAAGGAGUCGUUUCCUGUCCAGUACCGUCGGGCUUCCAGCGGAGCCAUAUACCAAUGAGCCCGAAGAGACUAGCCAGAAUCCAGCCCCGGAAGAGAUUCUUUCCCCGCAUGCGAGAUUCUUUAUCAGAAAAGAUAAAAGCGCUGUGAGCAUCAAAUUUGAUCCACCUGUGUAA